AUGAGUUAUGCGCAUACCACUGAGACGAGGAUGAAGACGCCCUGGAGUGCAGCCGAAUGGGGGAGGGGGCGGGAAGAAGUAGUAGAUGGAGGACGGCGGAGGAGUGAAAAAGAAGGGUCGGAGGCGGGGAUCGAUGGAGACAAGGUACUGGGUACUUCGGAAAAAGACUUUGGGGAGUUGCGUUGGAGAAAAGGAGAGAGAAAGAGAGAAGACGAUGCAUGCGCGAGGAGAGAGACUGUUGAGGUGGAGGGAAUAACACGGUUAUGGUGUGCUUGGGCUGAGAUGGUUGGCUGA